AUGGCAUUAGAAGCUGUUGUAUUCCAACAAGAUCCCUUCAGUACUCUAGGAUUAGGUGCAACAUGGAUCCAUGGCUUUGGUACUCUUGAAGGAGAAAAGGCUAAUUACCAUGAAACCCUAAACACAGCAAUCGGUAUUGGAUCUGAUUUCCAUUCAAAUGAUAACUGGAACACCAAUAACUCUUCCUCCCAAGAGAAUGACUGUGCCUGUAACGGCAGGUUCUUCACCGGAGGUAAUGCUGCUGCAGGCCGGCAAAAGAGACGGCGUCGUAGAAGCAUCAAAGAUGCGGCAGAAGUUGCACAUCAAAGGAUGACUCACAUUAAUGUUGAACGCAAUCGGAGGAAGCAAAUGAAUGACUAUCUUGCUGCUAUUCGAUCAAUGAUUCCUCCCUCUUAUGUUCAAAGGGCAGAUCAAGCAUCAAUCGUAGGGGGAGCCAUUAACUUUGUGAAGGAGCUAGAGAAACUUCUUCAAUCUCUUGAAGCCCAUAAGCAAAUCAAGAAAGUACCAUCUGCUACAGACUCCGAUUUAUCUUCUCCCUUUUCGGAUUUUUUCUCCUUCCCUCAGUAUUCAACUGCCAGUUCGAGGAAUAAACACAGCAACAACUCAUCAUCAAGCACUGAAUCAAUAUUACCUGACCAGAAGCGAUCAAUAGCCAUUGCAGAUGUUGAAGUAACAAUGAUAGAAAGUCAUGUAAACCUGAAAAUACAAUCAAGAAAACAGCCAAAACAGCUAUUGAAGAUGGUGGCUGGAUUGCACUCUCUUGGCCUUUAUAUUCUUCACCUAAAUCUCACAACUGUUGAUCAGACGGUGCUCUUUUCUUUUAAUGUUAAGGUUGAAGAUGAGUGUCGAUUGACUUCAGUUGAUGAGAUUGCAGAAGCUGUGCAUGAGAUGGUGGGUAGGAUCCAAGAGGAUGCUACUUCUAAUUGCAUGUCUAGCAUUGAAUAG